AGAACAGGACUAUAGACAGAUGUAGCAGAGAUAUGCUUCAUUUUUAAAUGAAUUUUUUUCGACGUCUGUUAGCAAGAAAUAAGAGGAAAAACAUGCAGACUGAAGUAAUGUCAGUUAACAAUCUGAAAUGCCACAAAUGCCCGGAUGGUUACGUGUAUCCACCGAUUCACCGCUGUAAGAAAGGCCACCUCAUAUGCCCAGACUGUUUAGAACAAGAACAUUGUCCUAUUUGCUUCAAUAAAUUCAAGAUCAUUCCCCUCGGCCUAGAGGAGAAAGGAUCCGUGCUUCAGUUUUGUCCCAACUCUGUACGUGGCUGCAAGAAGAGAAUGCUACCAGACGACAUGAAAGUCCACAAGAAACAUUGCGACUUCAAGGAACUUGUCUGCGCGUCUGUAAUUGGCCCUGAAGGUUGCUUAUGGGCCUGUACCCGCAAAGACCUGACCGAGCACAUGUUUGCAGAACAUCGUGCCCUCAUUUCGGAGGACUUCAAGUACGACUUCGUGAUCAGGAACUACAGUGAGGUUACAAAAUUCCAUGCCACAAUCCUGAUGGCCGUUUACAGCCAUUUGUUCCUGGCAAAACUUGAGUACGAUUGCGUAGAUGGGGUCUUUUUUGGGGGUGUGAAGUUCGUAAGCGGGGCACCUGACAUUGGAUCAACAUUCCGGUACGAAUUUGAGGUUGGGAAGGAAACAAGUAACAGAACGGCUCACUACAAAUUCAUGUUCAGUAGACAACUUCACGCUAUUUCGGAAGAGUAUAAAAAUCACUUCGCUUCCGAUCACUUCUGGUUUAGUAAGGCUCUAGGAAAUUUCUUCACCGACUCUAAAGACACACUAACAGUAACAUUGGUACUGAAGACUGUGCACUCACUUGCAGUUAAGGAUGUUAAUGCACCAGAAGCAUACGGAUUUGUUCCGUCCCAAUAUUGCCAGCGUUGUGUUAGCCAGUUUAACCCCACGCUCUUAACGUAGUAGAUCGUAAUCAAAUUCAAUAUAUUUUAUCGCUUUCAACUUGCCAAUUGCGAGUCUAAAUGACAAGAUGAACGGUUAUUUGCGGGUGUAUAAGUGAUCUCAUCAACUAGAAGUUACGGAAACUCCUGCCGCUAAUCAUGCCACAUGCACUGACUGGAAAGUGUUUCCGUUUGUAUUUCUUUCUUGAAUCUGUAGAAUGUGGUCUAAUCCUUAUCACCAACUUUUCUACCUGGCGUCUCGUCAGCGUGGCCAAGCAAAAUCAUAAGUGAUAUGUUGCACAAAUUAUAGCUCCAAGGAUUAAUUUCACUUUGGAUUUUAUCGAAGUCGAAGAUUUCACAUUUAUGGUGAAUCACAGCUUUCCUGGUAUAAUGUAUUUUACUUUAUUAAGUUCAUAAAUUGGGCCGAGCCAUAGCUCAAGCGGAUAGUCGCUGGCUUCCCAUCGCGGCGGCCCGGGUUCGAUUCCGGGACUAUACUUUGAAAUAUUACAACUCAGAAACGUCAAAGAAAUACGUUAUUACACAUGAUUAUACACAGCUGUUAGCUAGAACCCUGAUUCCGUUCGUUUCUUAUGCUCUCUGCAAAAUCGCUAACUCAUCUCUGCUGCAUCAGUUCGCUUUUCUUCCGUUACUGAUUCAGUGUCCAAGCAGUCAGUGCUGUGUCACUGCUGAGGUCUUACAGAAAUUCAGUAAUGUUCAUUUGUGUUCUUUGUUUUAAAGUCUCGUUUGUUUUUCCUCAUAAAUUUAAUCCGAUCUGUGUAAUUUAUUGUAUA